GAUCAAUUGUUGGGUUGGGUAGAGAAUUUCCUCUCGUAUACUCUAUAUACAGGCAUCAGCAAACCUUUCUCCCCAAGAAAUCUGGAAAUUCGAUUUAUAUCGCACCAACCAAAUAACAUUCAAUUGAAGGAUUCCAAUUUUAAUUUGAUCCGGAGAGAGAGAGAGAGAGAGAGAGAGAGAGAGAGAGAGAGAGAGGGUUUUGGAGUUUGAGGGAUGGAUUUCGAGUUCAGAAGGGCGAGGGAGAAGUUGGAGAAGGAUCAGAGGGAGAGGAAAGAGAGAGCGAAAUUGAAGUUGGAGAGAGAGCGGAAGGCUAAAGAAGAGGCCGUUCGCCAGCGCCAAGCUAUAGAAGCGGCUCAGCGAGAGCGCCGUCUCGUCGCCGCUGAAGCCGAAGCGAAGGCAAAUCAGCUAGCAGAAGAAAGUUUACUUGCUGGUCGUGGUGUCAACUUUGCUAGGAUUUUAGAAGCUGUUCCUUAUGAGGGUAGUGGGGAUAAGAUCAAAUUACCACCUUCCUGUUUCACUGAAUUGUCUGAACAAGGAGCUUUCGACAAGGGACCAUUGCAUUUCUCUUUAUCUGUGAUUCAUCAGGAGGCUCAUUUGGGUGCAGACAGUGCUCAAAAAGAAUUGUUGAGAAAGACACAUGCUGGUGUCCUGGAGUUCACUGCAGUAGAGGGUUUUGUAGCGCUUCCUGUGCACUGUUGGAGUAACUUAUUCCCUGCAGCUGCUCUAAGUUCCGCUAUGGUAGAAGUCCGUUAUGUUUGGCUUCCGAAAGGAACCUAUGCAAAACUUCAAUCGGUUGAAUUUGGAUUUUCUGACAUUCCCAAUCACAAGGCUGUCCUGGAGACGGCCCUUCGCCAACAUGCAACGCUUUCCCAAGGUGAUAUGCUGACCGUUAAUCAUGGUGUCCUGACAUAUCAUUUGCGCGUUCUUGAGUUGAAACCUUCUUCCAGCAUAUCAGUUCUAGAAACAGAUAUUGAGGUUGACAUUAUGGGUCCGGAGUCUGCAGAAAGAGGAAACCAGCAUGUGCUUAAACCUCUCAUCCUUGGAAAGCCUGAGUCUGGAGUUGUUGAUGAAGGAAACUACGUGUACUAUAAGUUCUCUAUAGAUGACGAUACUUGGAAUAAAAUUUCUUCCAAGGUUGCAAAAUUUGUGGUUAAUCUAGAGUCACAUACACAAGAUGGAGAUAUUGACCUGUAUGUUUCCAAGCAUCCUCUUCUGUUUCCUACACAGCACCAGCACAUGUGGUCAUCACACGACGUGGGUUCAAAGGCUUUGGUACUUGGUGUCGAGGAUCAAAAUUUUGGAUCUGGCACUUACAGUGUUGCUGUAUAUGGCUUCAAAGGGACAUCAAACUACCUGGUGUCAAUAACUGUUCAAGAUGUUUCCAGACAGAAGUUGGGCCAGCAUGCUGCAUCCUCAUCAUUUGCUGAGGUAGACACUGUAGAAUGCCGGAACUGUAAACGUUAUGUACCAUCAAGGACCAUUGGACUUCAUGAAGCUUAUUGUAGUAGACAUAAUAUCAUUUGCAAGCAUACUGGUUGCGGGGUUGUUCUUAGGAUUGAGGAGGCUGAGAGCCAUGUCCACUGUGAAAAAUGUGGUAAAGCUUUCCAACUGGGGGAAAUCCAGAAGCACAUGAAAGUGUUCCAUGAGCCACUUUAUUGCUCUUGCGGAAUUGUUCUUGAGAAGGAGCAGAUGGUGCAACACCAGUCUUCAGAUUGCCCCUUGCGGCUUAUUACAUGCCGAUUCUGUGGAGAUAUGGUUCAAGCAGGAAAUUCUGCUACCGAUGCACGGGACCGAAUUAGAGGAUUAUCAGAACAUGAGAGCGUUUGUGGAUCUAGAACUGCGCCAUGCGAUUCAUGCGGGCGGUCGGUGAUGUUGAAGGACAUGGAUAUUCACCAGAUUGCAGUACAUCAAAAGAACUAGUCUUAAUUUCUUAUGUUGGUUGAUUUGUGUUUGUGGGCCAAAAUUCAUGAGCUUUGAAUAUUUGACGGCCUUAGCUUUGUCGACAUUGGCUUGACGGCGCUGUCAGGUAUGAUUUAAAACAUGAAGGACUUCUUACCAUCCUAUGUAAUUUGUAUAUUCUUGUGUACAUUUUGUGAUUCUAAGGCUUUCUUUUUGCUCAAAAUCAUGUCCACAGAGCUGUGCUGCAAUAGAAUCCACUUUCAUGUCUUUUA